CAAACUCCGGGAACACGUGCGGUCAACAUGGCGGCGCCCUUCAGUAGGCUUUGGCGACCAUUGUGGAGCAUAACAACUACAAGUACAUUAAACAAAGGCGUGCGAAAUGUUUCGGCCUCUAGGCAACAGUGGUCUGCGCAAAAUGUCAAGACUGCGGGUGCUCCGUCUCCGUGGGCGCUGCACGGAGCUGCAUGUCUGCAGCGGCUACCUGUGGUCUCUCAAGACGGGAGCCCCAUAGAGGAAGAGUUCAUGGAGCUAAUGCACCUGAUGGAGUUAGAGAGAAGUCUGCUCUCGGACCACGAGCUGAGGCUCCUGGAGGAUGCUGCACUGAUGAGCCGGAAACAAGAAGAGGGUUAUGAUUCAGAUGAGGAGGAUUAUAGGGACAACGAAAUUGUUACAGCUCAAGAUCUGGAAGAUAUUUGGGAACAGAAACCGAAGCAAUUUCAACCAGCUCCGAGGUCACAAGGUGUUGACGAGAAAGACGUGAGUUCUUCAGAGUGGUUUAUUGGAACACUACAAUUAGCCCAAGUCUAUAUUAAAUGA